AUGAUGGCAUCAACAAUACUUUCACUUUCUCAAGUUGGUAUUCAUGAGAAUAACGAUGAAAUACCUUUCGAUAAGCAAUCAUCGUUCUCUAAUCCACUGAGAAAUAAUCCUAUACCUCGACAUGCUCCAUCAAGGAAUACAAUUUCAUUUCGUAAUAUAAAACAUGAGAAAGGUAAUGGAUUUUUUUAUAAUUUCCGUGAAUUUUGGUGUGUACCUCCACUUAAACAUGAAGAAAAAUCAAGCCCAAUUCUUGAUAAUAUUUCGGGCAUUUUUAAACCAGGACUAAAUGCAAUUAUGGGUCCAAGUGGAUGUGGAAAAUCUUCAUUAAUUGAUGUUCUUGCUAAUCGAAAAACUCCUAAAAGUUUUUCUGGUGAAGUAUUUUUGGAUGGCCAGCAAAUAGAUAAGUCAUUUAAAUAUGUGUCUGGUUAUGUUGUUCAAGACGAUAUUCUCAUGGGUACUCUUACUGUAAAACAAAACAUAAUGUUCUCACUUAAUACUCGUCUUAGAACUAAGUUACCAGAGAGAGAACGUAGCAAGCUAAUCGACGAAGUUCUUAUAGCUCUACAUAUUAAACAUCUUGAAAACAAAACAGUAGGUACAGAGCUCACACGAGGUAUAUCAGGUGGCGAGCGAAAGCGAACAUGUAUUGCUAUGGAAUUGAUACUUAAACCGAAAGUAUUAUUUCUUGAUGAACCAACUACAGGACUUGAUGCAACAAUAGCACAAACGGUCAUGAGAAUUUUGAAGAGAGAGUGUCAAAGAGGAUGUACAAUUAUAUUUUCAAUUCAUCAACCACGUUAUUCAAUAUUCAAAUUAUUUGAUCGAAUAGUUUUGAUGUGUAAAGGAAAAAUUGUUUAUAAUGAUUCACCAAACAAUGUCGUACCUUAUUUCAAUAGACUAGGAUUUGAACGUGAUCCUCAUGAUAGUCCACCUGAUUUUCUUUUGGAUAUUCUCGUCGCAGCUAAUAGAGAUACCGCCGAAAGUAGAACAGCACUUAAUACUUUAGUUCGUCAGUAUCAGAGAACAAAAACAUUUCAACAAAUACCUUAUGAAAUCGAUCAUCAAAUACGAUUAGCAUUUUUUAAUACGACUAAUAAUAAAAAUCAAAAUAUUAAAAAAUCAUUUUUUGACGAAUUUCGUUAUAUAUCAAAACGAAUAUUGAUAAAUACAAAAAAACAUAAAAAAUUAGUUGUAGUUCAAAUAUUGGUAUCAAUAUUUAUUAGUUUAUUAAUUGGUCUUGUAUUUUUUAAUAUGCCUAAAACAGUUGAUCCAGGUAUACAACAUCGAUUAGGUGCUAUAUUUAUGAUUGUUUCAAGUAAAAUAUUAUCAACAGUAACAGCAAUUGAACCAUUAGUUAAAGAACGUGCUUUAUUUAUUCAUGAAUAUACCAGUGGAUAUUAUAGAAUUCCGGCAUUUUUUUUUACAAAAGUUAUUUCGGAUAUACUUCUAUUACGAAUCAUCCCAUCGAUAGUAUAUUCAAUAAUUGUUUAUUUUCUGACUGGAUUACAACGUACUGCAGAAAAAUUCUUUAUCUUUCUUUUUACUAUAUUCAUGUGUAGUUUAUUUGGAUCUGCAAUAUGUUUGUACUUUUCCGCACUUAUUCAUACAUUUUCUACUGCUUUAGUUAUUGUGAUACUUAUCUUCGUAAUAAUGAUGGUAUUUUCUGGUUUUAUAGUUGAUUUAUCUGGUGUAAAAGAUUGGGUAGCUUGGAUUAAAUGGUUGAGUGCUUUUCGAUAUGCAUCGAAUAUGUUAACAAUCAAUGAAUUUCGUGAUAUAACUUUUUGUUUGGCUAAUAUGACAUCGAUUUGUCCAACCAAUGGAACGGACAUAUUAAAAAGUAGAAAUAUCAAUUAUCAAACAGAUUGGGAUAGAUGGCAAAAUAUUCUAGCAUUAGCAGCGAUGGCUCUGAAACAAGCUAUGAAACAAUCAACGAUCGCCGUAUUUCUUGUUCUGUUUAUAUUCAUUGUAUGCAACUCAAUGUUGGUCGAUGCUCGUGGAUGUUGGGGAAGUGGAUGGGGUGGUUGCAAUGAUGGUGGAUGUAAUUCAGCAGGAGGUUAUUGUCAAAAUUUUGGGCGGCCACCAAACAAUGACUGUCGAUGUGUUGGUAUACGAAGUAGACAUCCACCUCGGCGACCUUUCGGACGGCCUGGAUAA